GGCUAACCCUUCACCAUAGUAGGUUUCCUUUAGUUUAGGUGCAGGGAUCACUUCUCGGUUUAUUCCGGGAGUUCUUGUAAUUCCGUUAGAAUGGAGAUCGACUCCGAGUCCCGCGCCGACAGCACCAGCACCAUUACUGACAGAACCAGGAAGAGCUCAAAUAUAGAGAGUUUAGGUUUGUCUCACUCCAAGCUGGCUUACGAUGGAAACUUUAUUCGCUCUGCUUCUGGCGCGUUUAUGGCUGGAGAAAUCGUGUUUGGGCUUCUGGUGUGGACUCUGAUUGGUGGGACAGAGUACCUCCAUGUUCCUGCACUGGUAUGGGUAAUGUUUGUGUCAGUGUUUUAUUGGGCGCUUACUGUCAUUCUCUUCCUCAUAUACCUGACUAUGGCCCACACCAGGAUUCCCCAGAUCCCUGUUAAUCCGCAGGGAAUAUGUUUUAAUGGCAGUGCCUCUGUAUUGUACCUGGCAGCGGCUGUGAUUUGUGGCAUAUCUUUGAAUGUGGCCAUUAAGGGGCGCUACUACUUCAUCAGCUGGGUUGCAUCGACGAUAUUUGCCUCACUGGCUAUGGUGUGUUAUGCAGGAAACACGGUUGUGAAUUUCAAAUCGUGGAGAACAAAAAGUGAAGAGACAUAAGGAAAUGUUUUUAGUUUGUUUUUAGUCUGUUCGUUUUUACUAUCCCUGGGGGAUCAUUUCUGCAAAUUAAAAUAAUCA